GAAGAUCUUGUUUACUGAAAACUGAAACCAAGCCAUUCUCACAGAACACAUAUUUUGCCCCAAACUGAAAUAAUGGCUUUUAAAUUUGAAUACAUUGCUAAUAUUUAAGUACAAAAUUCAAAUUUAGUUUUUUUAGCCAUUUUGACAGCCCUAGUGCACAGGUGUGUAGUGUUUUUCGUUACAGUGUCAUCGCCAUCUACUGGCCAGGCAUGCAUAAUACAGCGUUUUUAGAAAUUUUCACGGAUCCUUGUGAAUGGGGAUCAUAUUAACGGCAUUGCGGUCUGUACGCAAAUAUUUUCAAAAACAAAAAGAAAAGUUUUUCUGUGUUUUUUUUUUCACUGUCAUUGUUGCGUAAACGUACCUUAACAUGCAAAUUUCUGUGAAACGGUGCAAAUUGUGCAUCUCUGUCUUUUUGUGUGUGUUUGUUUGUAUGUUUGUUUUUUGCAACCAGAGUAUAAAAUGUUAAUGAGCUCUCAUGAUUUGCAACAAGACUUGUUUUGCAGCUAUACCAGGAUCUGAUCUGAUGAUUUAGUUUCCAUGGCAGUUAUUGCUGUGGCGAUUGGUUUUGGUGCAUUUGGGAAUAUGUGAAAUUAAAACUAGCACUAGACCGUUUCUGAACCUUUCUGAAACCUUCCUGAAAUUUCUGAAGCUGCUUCCGUUGGCGUCUGUAUUACUGCAUCAGUGAGCCCAUGACAUCAUGACAUCUCCACUAACAUCUGUGUUGUGUAUUAGUACAGUUUGAGCUUUCAAAACACCUUCUCCAGUCUGUUCUCUCUGUCAGGCAUCUGUGCGUCAGCAAAGGAGUGACAGUUAGACCUGUUCGUCACAGGAAACUACAAGUAAAUAAAGCUGCCUGCCUCUGUGUGCAAUGCUAAAGCACUGACACAACCACAACAGCAUCCCGCAGUGACACUUCACCUGAAACUGAGCUCAACUUCUCAGCUCCUCAAGAAAACAAGCCUUUGAUCUUUACUGAAAUCACUCCAAAUAGUUGUCUAACUUGGCUAUCUGAGUUUUCAGGCUGUUGCACGUUCAUAAGCAGAUAAGGAUUGUGCUCACAAAUAAGGAUUGUCAUCAUUGCAGGCCUGAAGACCAUGAGAUUGUGGUUCCCAUCAGCACUGUGUGCCUGAACUCUCCAGAGCAGUCGGCCAUGGGCAGUCGUCCCAGUAAAGACCCGCGUGGAUCCAGCGCACAUGCUCUUCUCUUGGACACGGAGGAAAGCACUGAACCCCUGACCAUGGACAGCGGUAGAUUCGUGGUGGUGUCCCUGUACGACUAUCCGUCCAGAGGACCAGGUGACUGCGCCAUCAGAGUAGGAGAGAGACUCAACAUUUUGUCAGAUGAGGGAGAGUGGUGGAAAGUCAGUUCAUCAGCCACGGGAAAUGAGAGCUACAUCCCCAGCAAUUACACCGCCAAAGUGUACAACAGGUGGCAGUUUGUGGGUCUCAGCAAACAGAAAGCAGAGGAACUGCUGAUGCUCCCCCAUAAUCAGCCCGGAUCCUUCCUUAUCAGAGAGAGCGAGACCUACCCAGGUAACCACACUCUGUCAGUGCGUAGGAGCAGCUCGCAAGAACGCGCUUCUGUCAAACACUACCGCAUCAGCUGCAUCGAGAACGGCUGGGUCUACAUCUCUCCUGGUCUCACCUUCAGGACACUCUCAGACCUGGUUGCACACUAUUCAGAAGUUUCGGACGGGCUGUGCUGUACUCUGGGGGAGCCAUGCUUCAUCAUUGGAUCCAACAACGUUCCUGUGGUAACCGGCCCGCCUCCGAUUGCCGUGAAGAGGCCUACUAUAAACUGGAAAGAUGUUGACAGCUCCAUGAUCUUCGGGCAGAGCAAAGAGGGUGCAGAGGACUCGGUGGUGAGCGAAGGCCUGAAGGAGGCCAUUAACUCGUACCUCUACAUGACGGAGGAAUGUGAGGACUGCUGUCAGCUCUGGGACACAUGAGUAGAAGACUGACGCCAAACUUGGAGGACGAGUGUUUGAAUGACUUUGGACUCUUGAUGCCGUGAUAUGGGAUAAAACACUUCACAGAAACCUAGAAACUCUUUUUUUUUUUCCGUGACCCGGAAAAUUAACCAAAACGCAUCUUAGCGUCUUUUUUCAUUCGUGAAUUUCUGCGUAAAAACUGUGUAAGAGCGAAAGCGGCGUCGGAUGAAGUUCCCAGACGCGUGCACUGACUCAUUGCUGUUCUUCCAGAGUGGGUGCUAGAGACAAAGAUGUCACAGUUUCCUGUGUGGACGCGCUCCUGGCGGACAUAAAAGAGAAAACGACUGAAGGAAAGAACGACAGAGGAGUGUGCGAGUGGGAGGGGGAACACAGCUGGGUGGCACACACAUCCAUUUCCACUCCACACACACUUACUGGAAAUUUAUCAGUCAAGCUUAAUACAAA